CCCUCAAAUCGAGCCUAGAGUCAAGCAAAGAAGGAAGUGUGGUGAGUGUGAGCGAGGAAGAAAAGGGGAAACUUUUAGAGAAGAGUGUGAGAGUGUGUGAGAGUGGAAGAAGAAGUGGUCUAUCUUUCCCAUCUAGCUCUGGUACAGUGUAGUAGUGAGAGUAGUGAGCGUGUUCUUCGGGGUGUUCUUAGCUUCUAGCAAUCGUGUGGGUGUCUUCUCCAGAGCUACAUUGUGAUCUCGCGCUCUCAAUCGCCCAGGAUGAAGAUGCGCAAGCACCACUGCGCGAGGCUCAAGCACGCCAAAGGCCAAAUCUUCACUUGCGGGAUGUUUGGGACGUGCUCCGACAGCGUCCUCAGCCCAAGAACACCGCCGCCAGCGCUGGUCAUCUCCAGCCCCCUCCCUACAGCGGCGGCGGCCGCGAAUCUCCCUCCCCCUCCUCCUCCGCCAGCCCCGGCCGCGGCGCCGCCCCCCAAGAGCAAUGCCGCCGUUCCCGAGAAGCCCAAGGCGGCGCCGCUGGCGGAGGUGCUGGCUCUUCCGCCAUCCCCGGACACGGUCGCCCAGGAGAAGAUCCUCAGCCAGUGGGACUUUGGGCUCAAGCAGCAAAUGGUCCAGCUGCGCGAGAGGGAGAGUGAGAUGAUCAAGGCGGCGGCAGCGGCGGCGGUGGCAGCGGCGGAGCCCAAGAGCGCCUCCGCUGGCAACAAGGACGAUUCCUCCCCCCAAGAGGCCGGCUUCUUCAAGGAGAGGUAUGUGGGUCUCGUGGACAGGGAUCUCAGCCCCUUCCAAUCCUCAAGAACAGCGCCACCAGCUCCAGCGGCGAAUCCAGCGCCACCAGCGGCCGAUCAGUCGCUCGACUCGCUCACCAAGGACACCGCCUGCGGCAGAUUCGCGAAGGCCUCGCUGCGAUCCCUGCGCGUGCUGGCGGAGGAAUCAGAUCGAAACAAGCGCGCCAUCAUCGCCGCCGGCGUCCCGGACAGCCUCAUCGCCCUCCUCCUCUCCUCCUCCCCGGAGAUCGAGAAGCGCGACAUCCUCCGCGAGGCGCUGGCGCUGCUGGCGGCGCUGGCCGACGACGAGCACACCCAGGAUCUCAUCGCGCGCUCGCGCCUCCUCCCCGCUAUCGAGUCCGACCUCCGCCGCCGCUCCACCGACGCGUGGAUCCUCCUCUGCAAGCUCUCCGCCAACGAAUCCGCGGUGGAUCCGGCCGCCAGCUCCGGCAUCCUGGGCGCCUGCGUAGCGCUGCUCAAGGAUCCCUCCGCAGAGGCCAAGCUCGUCCGCCUAGCCCUAAAAUCAAUGCUGGGGAUUUGCCUGAGCAAGCCGAAUCGCAUCCCAGCCGUCAAGGCCGGCGCCGUGGAGGCGCUGCUCGACACACUGGUGGAUCUCCAUGGCGUCGAUGGUGGCGAGUUUUGCAGCAAGAGUGGGAUCGUCGUCAACGUCGAGAGGGCGCUCGCGACGCUGGAGCUGCUGUGCACGAGCAGCGAGGGCCGCGCGGCGAUUUGCAGCCAGCCCAACUUCAUAUCCGAGCUCGUCGGGCUCGUCCUCGGGGUCUCGGAGCGCGCAACCGAGUACGCCGCCGGUGUGCUCUGCGCGGUGCUGUGCGACAAUCUGGGCAGCGAAGAUGGUACCACCGCCGCCGCCGCCAGCUUCGCCGCUGGAGCUGCCAGGAUCACUUCUAGCGCCACCUUCAAUGGGCUUGGCGAGCACAGCAGCGUCCAGGAGAUGGCGGUGAAAGGUGGCGCGCCCGCGCAGAUGCUGCUGGUAAUGCAAAGCGAUUGUAGCGAUCGCGCGCGGAGGAAGGCGGCCAAGCUUCUCAAGGCGCUCCACAAGUAUGGGGAGAAUCACAACACGAUUCACAGCGACCUGGCCAGCACGAUCACGUAUUGAUCUGAUCGAUCACGUAUGGGUUCUCAGAUUUGCAUCUGGGGGACUCUUGUCUGGUGAUCUCCGGGAAGAUCCGGAUCCGCGGUGUACAAAAACUAUCCCGAUCCCGAUCCCACUUCCACGCUGCUGUGGAGAACGAUCGAGCGAGCGAGCAAACACACGAGCAAACCAACGAACACCAAGAGGCCUGCUGUGUAUAUAUUAGUAUGAAGUUAAUCAAAAACUUUCUUCUCUGAAA